CUUUCCCGGCGCGUGCCCUCUAUGCGGGCAGUAGUCGGAGGCCGCGCGGCAUAAGCAGUGCUAGGAGAAUGGGCGGCGGGUCGAAUUCCUCCGUGAGGGUGGAAUGGAUUGUAGCAGUCUCAUUUGCUGCAGGAGCUGCAGCUGUUGGGUAUCUUGCUUACAAAAAAUUUAUCUGCAAGGACAACUGCCGUAAUUCGAUGGUAAACCUUCAUAUCCAGAAAGAUAAUCCUAAGGUAGUUCAUGCAUUUGAUAUGGAAGACCUGGGAGAUAAAGCUGUGUACUGCCGCUGCUGGAGGUCUAAGAAGUUCCCGUUGUGUGAUGGGUCGCACACAAAGCACAACGAUGAAACAGGAGACAAUGUGGGACCGCUCAUCAUCAAGAGAAAAGAUGCAUAAACGCCCAUGACAACAUGAAAAGUGACCUCGUUGCGGUACUUUAUGUGCACCUAUGAUUGAAGUAAAUGGAGAUCUCGAGUCAUUUCACUGAAGAUUUUUUUAGAUGUGGUGCACAGGUUGCGGCAUACAUAAUUCCUUGGUGUUUGCCUUGCUUAAACACUACAGAAUGUUGAGAAUGAGUACUUGUGAUUUCCAGAUUUUAUUUGUCUUGUGAAGUGUUCAUUCUCACUAAUUGUAAAAAGAUGACCCUUAGAAUGUACUCUGAGCUGUGUAUUGAUGCAUUAAAUUAUUUUCAAAUA